GGAUAGGACGACCUUUAGCAAUAAGUAAUCAGAAGAAUGUGCGCAUAUCGAAAAGAGCAUUAGUGGCAAGGAAAACAGUGAAAAACCAAAACUCUUAGCUCAUAUGCCAGAAGUUAUUUCAACUCGUCGUCGAUGUGCUUAUUGUAGCACGAAAGAAGAAGAAGAAAAAAGAACAGAUGUGAUGUGUACUUUUUGUGGUGUUUGUUUAUGUGUGAAAAAUUGUUUUUCUUUGCAUCAUCAAAACUAUGUAUAUCAACAUUGAAAUUAUUAAAUAUACAGUCAUAUAAUCACAAUUCCUUUUAUGUAAUGUAACCAAAGGCUUCGUUGUAUUAUCUAGAUGCAUACUAGUAUGUUUUUGUAAGCUUAAAUUCAGUAAAAAAAAAGUCGGGGCAAAGGGUUAAACGAGAAUUAUUCCUCUGAUUCCAAUAUAUAUUUCUAUUGCUCCACUAUAAUUAUAAGUCAAAAAUAUUCUAGAAGUAAGAAAUGCUCUAUUGAAGAGAAAACGAAAAAGAUUCUAGCCAAAAAUAUAUUUUUUGAUCAUACGAAAUAGGGGUGUGACAUUUAAAUUUAACUGAAUUUUGAAACCGAGUAGAUAAACAUAGCUCUUGACUUGAUUGCUACUAUUUAAAGUCAAAUAUUUGAUAAAACUAUAGUCAUUCUUCUACGAAUUUUGUUAUGAAAUAUAUAUAGUUAUGAGCAUCCCGAUGUUUUUGAAGAAGAAAGGUGACGGAUCCUGCAUAAUCUGUAGAGAAAUUUUGACUUUAAAUGAAAAAUUAGUAUAUUUACUACUGUUAAUAUCACGUAUUUCCCUCGUAGCAAUUUAGAAUUAAAUUAACUUUUCACGAAAUUAAACAAAAAUAAACUGUAAAUUGACAUCCUCAAGAUAAGAAAAUAAUACAUUGCGUACGCAUAUGAUAAGCUCAUAUAUGUUCAUAGAAAAUAUAGACUCUCAAAAAAUACAAAGCAAAAUAUAGAACGAUUUUGAUGUAAGAAAAAAGAGCAUUAGAGAGAACUCUAUUAUGUUUCUAUAGAAUAAUCUUCCAGUAUAUAGAUUAUUCUGAGGAAUUUCUAGCAAAAAAAAGAAAGAAUGAUCUAUUCAAAGAAUUUUACUCGAUACCCGAGAGAGAGAAAGAUCUCAUCUGAUUCUUAUGCGUUUUCUCUUCUAGUUAAUAUUCCUGCUAAUGCUACGUGGACACAGAACGGAGUGACUAUUGCCGGAGGUCACGGACAAGGGGGUGCCACUAAUCAACUCCACUGGCCUCGUGGUCUCUUCGUUGAUGAUGAUCAAACAGUGGUUAUUGCUGAUCACGCGAAUCAUCGUAUCAUGCAAUGGAAAAACGGUGAUACAACGAAUGGACAAGUUGCUGCUGGUGGUAAAGGCUCAGGAAAUGGAUUACAUCAAUUGAAUCAGCCAACUGAUGUCUUAAUCGACAAAGAGACGGAUAGUAUCAUUAUUUGUGAUCAAGGGAAUCGACGAGUUGUACGAUGGUCUCGUCGUAGUGGUACAACACAAGGUGAAAUACUCAUCGACACCAUCGAUUGUUGGGGAUUAGCAAUGGAUGAGCAUAGAUAUAUCUACGUCUCUGACCGCGGAAAACAUGAAGUAAGACGAUAUCAAUUGGGUGAGAAGAAUGGUACUCUCGUAGCUGGUGGUAAUGGGCAAGGUAAUGGUCUCAAUCAACUCAACGUGCCGACAUCUCUCUUUGUCGAUCGACAACAGACUGUCUACGUAUCAGACCACAGCAAGCAUCGUGUAAUGAAAUGGAAUAAAGGUGCAAAAGAAGGUAUUGUGGUCGCUGGAGGACAAGGCCAAGGGAAUGCUCUUGCACAAUUGUCUUUGCCUAAUGGAAUCUUCGUUGAUACGUUGGGUACACUCUAUGUAGCAGACUCGGAGAAUCAUCGUGUGAUGCGUUGGACUCAAGGAGACAAGAAACAAGGCACUAUAAUUGUGGGUGGAAAUGGCGAAGGAGAAGGAGCAAACCAGUUCAACUGCCCCGUUAGUUUGUCUUUCGAUCGACAUGGUAAUCUCUAUGUCGCCGAUCGUAAUAAUAAUCGUGUUCAACGAUUUUCUAUCGAAUAA